CAGUUGCAGUUGUCCCGCCUCCUGAAAUUCCGGGUGAAGGGUCAGUUUGUUUUUAUGCAACAGACCCAGACUUCACUCCACUUCUGUAGAGUCACCACAGAACUUGUAAACCAGCAGAGAUGGCAACGCUGAUGGAAGAUGAGGUAUUUAUGGCUUUCACCACCUACGCAGCUAUUGUCAUUGUGAAGAUGUUGCUGAUGGCGCCCAUGACUGCAUACUACCGCAUGACCAGAGGGGCUUUCGCGAACGAGGAAGAUGUGGCCCUGAAGCCUGAAGAGGAGAGGAAGAAGCUGUUGAGAACCCAUCCAGAUGUGGAGCGAGUUCGAAGGUGUCACCAGAAUGACCUGGAGAGCGUUGUUCCCUUUGUGAUGGUCGGCCUGCUCUACGCGCUGACUGGACCCGAGCUUUCUACUGCUCUGCUUCACUUCCGUGUGUUUGCCGGCUCUCGGAUCUUCCACACCAUCUCGUACGUUGGCGCUCUGCCUCAGCCCAGCAGGGCCCUGUCCUGGGUAGCAGGCAUGCUGGUCACCUUCUCCAUGACUUACAGGGUGCUUAGCACCGUUCUCCUCCUUUAGAGACAGCAUUGGACUCUAACAAAACCUUAUCUGUUAAUUAAUAAUUAACUCUUGCUGCAGCUAUCUAUGAGCUUGAUUAUUAAACAUCCUUAGCACUUAUGCUUUACAUUUUCAUAGAUGGAACAUUUCUUUUUAAUAAACUUUUCUAUCAAC